AGUCGCAUUUUAUGUAUCUGUUUUAUUAUCUAAAACGUGAAACUAAAUAUAUCAGCAUGGUAUCGCGAACUAUAACGUCAAAUUUCCUAUCCCAUAUUCGACUUUUUUCAGUUAGGCCUGAAUAUAAAAAGCCCCCAAAAAUGAUACGUGUUAAGUUACGUCCAUUUAUGAAAGAAGACAUUCCUGAUGUAGUCAAAAUAGCUACUCAAAGUACAUUUCAAUAUUGCUCUGAAAGUCUGGAAUCAUGGAGUAAACACGAUCCGGAAGGGAUAAAGGUUGCUGUUUUAGAUUCAGGAAAAGUCAUCGGGCUUUGUGCAGCAAUUAAUCACAAUGAGAACUUUUGCUUUGGAGGAACAUUCAUUGUUCUGGAGGAAUAUCGACGGUUAGAAAUAGGCCAUCAGCUAUUCUCUGCUUGUUUCGCACAUGCGGGAAUCAGGAAUAUAGGCCUGAACUGCCCAUCCGAAAUGCUGAAUUCAUAUAAAAGGCGUGGAUUUACUGUUUUUGAAGAAUCUUUCUCUUCUUUGGAAUACGAAUGCAAAGGUAGAUUGAACGCUGAACCUUUAUCAAACCAGCUUCCUCCUGGAGUGGACCUAAUACCAUUUGAAGAGUGUUAUUUGGAUGCAAUGUCUGCCUAUGAUCGAGCUCUCAUAGGCUAUGAUAGAAAAACGAUAUUAAAGGCGCACUGCAAAGAAACCAACACAAAAACAUUAGUAGCAUUCAAAAAGGGCAUUUGUGUUGGGUUUGGUUCUGUGAAGUUGAAUGUUUCCGAAGCCGCCCGUGUCGGACCUUUAUACGCCAAUGAUCCAGCUAUAGCUGAAGUUAUGUUCAAAAGACUCGUUGAUGCGAUGCCAGAGGCCAAAGGCUUUGCAGCUGUUACUAUCAGUAAGAAUCUAGCAGCCAAUGAAAUUAUUAGAAAGUUAGGAUUACCAGUGCAUGAUAAUUUGCUUAGACUAUAUACGAAAGAAAAGAUGUUCAUCAACACAAUGAAAGUAUUCUGUCAAUUUGACGUGGAUUUUUCCCCUUUUUAAAAAUCUAUGGUGUAUUUUUAGGGCAAAAUGCAGCAAAAUGUUGUGUUCCAGAGUUAUUCGAUGUUGGUUUUGCAGCAUAUUUUCAUUAUCUAAAAGUUGGAAUCAAACGCAAAAGGUUAAUUGGUGUAAUAGUUGCCACACUGUAAGGCAUUAUUGUCACGAUGGUACUAUCUGAGAAACUUAAGCAAAAUAUGUAAAUGGAAGGAGGAGUGUGUAUUAAUGCUAAUCCGUUAUUUCCAUUUAACCUGUCUAUAAAUUG